CUUUAGCCCGCUACAACAAAUCUCAAGAGUUGGGUUUUUUUGUCAAUUGCUUCGUUUUGGGCGAAGAUUUACUAAUACAAAGCUUGAUAAAAGUGGUAAUAAGAGUCUGUAUCGAUAGAAUUGAAUUUCCGCUUGAUUUUUUGCGUGACCACUGUUUGCAGUGAAAAUAUCUUGGAGCUUAUUUCAAGACUGCAGGAAAUAGGAGCAUUUUCGAUUAUUGCAUAUAAUUACUUAGACGUACAGCAAAAGACCGUGUCCUCAUUCAUUUGACACUCUUGAAUUCAAGGCUUGUUAAUAGCUUGCAGACAAGAAGGAAAUCUGCUGUUUUUAGUUUGGUUAAGGAUCUUUGGAGGUUUUGGGUACCUUUUCUUUAUUCUUUUUUUUAAUUUUUCUUUUUUAAAGACAUUUCAUUAAUUGUUUCCUAACUCAGAAGUCUUAAUUAUGUCUGCAUUAUUAACCUUGAAAAAGCGUCUUAGCGCUUGCCGUCGGCCUUCUCAGUUUCGAUUGGAAACUAGUUUAAAUCCAAUGGAUACUUUUUACUUGUUGAAAAAUACAAAGUGGUCGUGGAUUCACCUUCAGUAUCUUCUUCUCUUAGGUGUUCUCGCCUUCUGUUUUGCCGUUGUCCAAUUUCCAGGAUUUUGGGGAAAAAUAGGUUUUACAAUUUUGUUAGGUACCGCUUUGACUGUUCCUUUAACCCGUCAACUCUUUUUCCCUGCUAUUGUCAUUAUUACUUGGGCCAUAUUGUUUUAUUCUUGUCGGUUUGUUCCUGAGGGCUGGCGACCUCCUAUCUGGGUCCGUGUCCUUCCAACGCUUGAAAACAUUCUUUACGGGUCCAACCUCUCAGAUAUUUUAUCUAAAAGCACACAUAGCAUUUUAGACGUCCUUGCUUGGCUUCCUUAUGGUGUCGUUCAUUACUCAGCUCCCAUCAUUAUUUCGUUUAUUCUUUUCAUUUUUGCUCCACCAGGAACUCUUCCCGUAUGGGCUCGUACUUUUGGUUACAUGAAUUUGACCGGUGUUUUCAUCCAAAUGGUAUUUCCUUGCUCUCCUCCUUGGUAUGAGGACAUGUAUGGACUUACACCUGCUACGUAUUCAAUUCGCGGUUCCCCUGGUGGCCUUGCCAGAAUUGAUGCGUUAUUUGGUACAUCGACCUAUACGACUGGGUUCAACAAUUCACCUAUUGUUUUUGGUGCUUUUCCUUCCUUACAUGCUGGAUGGGCUAUGCUCGAAGCUUUGUUCCUUUCUCAUGUUUUUCCUGCGUAUCGCUUUCCUUUCUACUUUUACGUAUGUUGGCUCUGUUGGUGUACAAUGUACCUGAAUCACCAUUAUUUUGUUGAUUUAGUGGGUGGCAUGUGCUUGGCAUUCACCUGCUUUGUUAUAGCUCAAAAAUUGCGUUUACCUCAGGUGCAAACUGGCAAAAUUUUGCGUUGGGAGUAUGAAUUUGUUAUUCACGGUCAUGGCCUAUCUGAGAAGUCCAACUCCAAUAUGGUUAAUACUGGAAGUCCCUAUCUUCUUGGAAGAGAUUCAUUCGAACAAAAUCCUAGUGCUGUUGCAUUUUUGAAUGGAUUGAACAAUUUAGAACUUGCUGAUGUCGACCAUGAUUGGUCAAUUGAUUCUUCCUCAUCUUCAAGAUUGCCUAGCCCAGCCAACGCUUCCAUAGGUAAAGGUUCCAACGUAUCAUCUUCGAUUUUUGAUGCUAGUCACAUACCUUAACGGAAGCUAUCACCAUUUUCAUACCUGUACAGUAACUUCGUCUUCACGCUACUAGGUCUAUUUCGAUGCUCAUGGAAGACGAAGUUGUACAUUAAUAUUUCUCAAUCUGUGAAUGGUGUGAAGGUUUGUGCUGGACUUUAUCUGCACAAAGUUGACAUGUCUUUCUUUUUCGUUCAUCGCUAUAAUUUUAUCUUUAAUAUGGAUGAUUUGAAAAGGUUUUAUUUUCGACAGCUUAAUCUUUCGUUAGAUCAUUAUUCUUUGUACUACUAUUGGUUGAUUCAACUAUUUAUUAACUACUGAUUAAUUUUGUUACAUACCAUUCCAUUGAAGAUAAUAAUCCUAAAUAUGUUGGUCUUUUGACGCGAAAAAUACAAAUAAAUUUGCAUCGUUGUUACUACAUAAAACUAGCAUAUUAAGGAUAGGAAAUUGCUUUAAGACGUGGGUCAAGUUAAUUUAUUGUCCGAGCUAGUCUUACUUAAUUUUUAAAUUUAGCACACUUAAAUAACACUACCUGACAUUUUUAAUAACUUGAAAUACUUGUCUGUUGGCGGUAUACUUUCGUAUAAUUCACUUAUUUACCAAAAGGAA